AUGGACAGAGAGGAGUAUCAGGAGUAUCUGAGAGAGCUCGAAAAAGCCAGAGCAUGGGAUCAUUUUCUUCAAGACAUUUGCCGCGGCACUACUUCCAGUAUUCCGUUUUUGUGGGCUUUUUUUAUGGCCUUUCAUAUUAUGUUUCUUGUGAUGAGCAAGGGAAAGCUCUUUUGGCGGAAUUUAGGGGACUGGGUGGACAAUGCUGCUGGCUUUUUUCUUGUGCUGCCGAUUAUUUACGAUCUCAUUGCUGUAUGGGCUUAUGAGAGAAAUCAAAGUCGCUACCGAUCAUCAUAUCACGCUGAUCGACCCACGCGAACUAGAAUUGCUUCUCUCGUUUUCUCAGCCAUAUGCGUCUUCUCAACAAUUUACUUUCGCCGUCGAAUGAUUCGAAAUUCGACUCGAAUCAGAAAUGUACCAACAACUGUUGAUGGAGGGAAUGAGGAGCAGAAGAAUUAUUCUCUAAGAAGAACUUGGUUCAAAAACGCUUUGAUACUUUCUCUGUUUGGCGGACUCUUUAUGAUUGCAUCUGACUGUAUUUGCUUGAAGGAUUACAUUUAUUAUCACUACGACUGCUACUUUAACUCCUACUCAUUAUACUACAUGGACGAAUACAUCCAAGCAAAACAGCGUGGAAUCAAGACUUUCACGACAAAAGUGAAGAUUUCCCACAUCGUGGUGAAGCAUUCUGGCUCAAGAAAUCCCUCCACAGCUGAUUUGGUCCCGGUCAAACGAAAUCGCCAACAGGCUAGAGAAAAACUAGAGCUUAUCAAAGCAGAAACGACAGUGGCAAAUUUUGAUGUGAUAGCGGAAAAGUAUUCUGACUGCACGACAAGAUCUAGUGGCGGUGAUUGCGGUUGGAUUUUCAGAGGAGAUUCGCACAAAGUCGUUGAAGACGUUGCUUUUAAUCUCAACAUUGGGCAGCUAAGGGAGUCGCCAUCAUCUCCAAUAAAGACGUAG